GAAUGUCGUGCUUGAAGUUGAAAAUUGCCAGUUUGGUUUCUGAAUGGCGGCAAGACAAUAACGGAAAGAAGACAUGCAUACUUUACGCAUUCAACAUUAAGAGUAUUUUUUUUGACAAAAGAACAUGGAUGGAAUCACAUUGGACGAUGACUACUUCACCCUUGACCAUGACUGCCAUAAUUAAUAGUGAAGAUUCACCUGAGAUUGCAGUUGAACGAGCUAGCAAGUCAAUUACGUCAAUGCAAUUUUGCCUUGGGUGGUUCCGUCCCGCCGAAUUGUUGUUUCCUACCCAAACACCUUUUGAUUUCGUUCGAGUGUGUAUGAGUUUCGUCUCGGGCAGUUUCGAAGGUGCAUUAAUUAUUUUUCUUGGUUGGAAUGACAGGUCUGAAAAGAAUAGCUCUUCAGACAGAAAAGAAAAAAAAUUGGACUUAGUCAACAAUUUCUGGAAAAGUGCCACCUCAGCACGAAAACAGAAAAUUGAGGCUUUGUGUGAAUGCUCAGCUUUAGUUGAGGAACUUACUACUUAUGCUAUACGCUCGACACUCCAACAAGAUAUUCAGAGACACCUGGUGAGAGAGAACGUGACGAGACGAUUAGAGAGUACAGAUAACCAUCGUAAGUUAAAAUGUCCACGUGGAAUAAAUGAAGAUAAAACUAAACCAGAAACUUCAGACAUGGUGGAAGAUGAUAGUGAUUCAUGGAUUCCAUCUGGUCCCACAUCAUUUCAAUCAUCAACUUUACGAUCAUCAACCUUUCAAUCAUCAACUUCACAAUCAUUUUACUCUUCAAGACCUCGCCUUAUACUUAAAAACGAUGCUUGGCUUUUAAAUGGUUACAUGGAAGUGGAAGACUUCGAAGAAUUAGUAGAAAUUUGUUAUGUUCACAGUAUUGUAGAAGUGCCGAUAGAAUUAAAAAAUAUGUUUAAAGAACUAACAAAUGCUCAGACAGUACGAUUAUUAAGAGAAAUGCAAUUAUCUAUGCAAUGGCAGUUAAAACUUGAUGAUGCACUCUUUUAUAUGAAGAAAUGGAUCCUGUUAACUGUUGAUAACUGGCUAGAUUAUAUAGAGCUAUCAUCAAAGAAUCCUUUAACUAAAAUGAAUAGCGAAAAUCAUAAAUCAGCAUCCAUUUAUUAUUCUCUCAUUGAUCGCUUGGCGAUUCAAUAUUUCUGCGCUCUUAGAGCCGGUUCAUCAUCUGAGAGUUCAUCGUCUGUAUUAUAUAAAAUUGAUGCAAAAUUACGCAGAAAACAACUAGAUAUUUACUUCCGGGAUGACAUUCUUAAGAUUGAACCCGGAAAUAUAGAGAUUGCAAAGGAUAGCAUGAUACAAGAUGCAGUUAAAUACGAUCUUGACACAAAUAAGAGCCUUCAAGAAAACAUAUAUGAAAUCCAAUAUACUUACGAUAAUCUACCAACUUCAAAGAAAGAGAAAAUUUUUGAUAUGAAUUUUAUAGCUUUUGUGAUAUCUGAUUCGUAUGCUACUAGAUUGGUUGAUAAUCAACUUUAUAUAUCUACUAAGUUGCUAAUGAAUAAAACCGUGGAAAUUAUGCAUAAAGCCAAGGAAGAUGAUUCAGACCCAUUAGUUGAUUCAUCAAAAAAGUUCAAGUAUUUUCGUGCUCCUCGUAUCUUACCCCCACAUUCUCCAAAAGUACUACCAAAAAGUCAAGUGGCAGAAAGAAAAACACUAAGAAAAAUACUGCGAGAAAUAUUGAAAUUUUUAAUUAAGUAUAGAGGUUCAAUAGUAUUUCUCAUUCGAAAAAUCACAAAAUGUUUUUCGAAACUUUAA